UGUCUUCACUGUAAAAUUUUCCUGACUUAUAUAUUUGUACAAUGAGAUCAUUUUUAUCCUUUGUAGUCUCUCAGAAAACUACGGCUUUACACAAAAGACGUACAUAAGCAAAAAGUAAAAAAAUCUCAGAGAGCUGACCUUAAUUUCUGAUUGAUGAGAUUCCCAAUAAGUGAGGAUGACUGACUGAUCUAAUUGAAUCAAAAGGUACAAAGUGUUAAACCAUGAGCAAUGUAAUAAAGAUUGAAUACUCUGAUGCAGAGAGACUGCUGCACCUUUUUGACUUCUGCAUUUUUCACAACCACAAUUACAUAUAUUUGUAGAAUUCUGUAAUAUUAAUGGUGAGAAAAGCUAUAAAAUAAUUUAUUAUGGCCUCACUUCUUUUAUGUCUCAAAAACCUGGCAUUUUAACAGGACUCUGUGCGCUUUUGGGAUUUAUUGUAUGUGAUGGGGCUGUGAGAGCUUUGGUAAACUGGGCUUCGGACCAGCAGGCACCAGGCCAGAUAGAGAGUCUGCCGUGUAUCAAAGAAAUUUGACCUGUUAAUGCUCAAACAAAAAAGGAAAGAGGGGAAAAAAAGAGAAGAGGCAUGUUAGAUAUUUUAUUUUUCAUUAGAGUCCUCAUCCCAUAGAUUUGCAUCAAAUAAAAUGCAUUAUGACAUCAUUUAUCAGCGCACCUUUUAUUGAAGUGCAGGCCUUCCAAAGGGGAUUUCAAACCAACUCAGUUGGGCAAAGUGCAUUAUGUUCAGAGUGAUGAAAACAGAGAUUUAAAACUUUAAACAUUUUGGACGCCCUCAAGAGUAAAGAGAACAACUUUACAACCUCUGGACCGCUUUCAUAAAUAAACCGGUGGCCAGAACGACCUGAUGAUGUUAUAUUUGAGAACACACUCACAGCGUGGUUAGAGGAUUUCCGUCUUGUUUAAAUGACUGGUAAGCAUAAAAACGGUUUGAUGAAUUCUUAUAUUGUCAAAGAAAAAAUAUAUGAUCUCGUGUUAAAAACAUUUUUCUAUUGUUUUGACCAAAACCUUUGGCCUUUGGUUUCAUCCUGCGGAGCAACUAAAACUAAUAUGUGGUUUGUUCCUGUGGUUUCUUGGUCUCUCUGUCUGCAGGUGUAGAACUUCAAGGGUGUUUUCUUCUAUUGUCUUUAAGUCUAUAUCAUUCUUCAUCUCCUCUAUCUUUUCCUCCGUCUUUCCCUUUUAACCUUUUUCCCCACUUCUCCUCGUCUCUUUGUUCUCUUUUUCAAUUUCUGUUCUUGCGUCUGCGUCCAGUGCAUUUAAAAUAAACCUAAGCUAAUUUCAGAUUAAGUUUUCAGAAAGAUAAUAUGUGGAAACGGCUACAUGAACAUUUCAGAAAUCACAAAAACCAAACGUGCGUUCAUGACUCCCUCUGAGAAGCAUUGAGAUUUUGGCUCGGCAAACGAAUGAACUUUUUUUCUUCACUAUCUUUCCCACAUCUUUACCUGCGCAUACUGCUGUAAUCACAGGUAAAAGUCUGCUUAACUUUUUUUUUUUUUACUCUUAUUUAAGGCACAAAUUUACCACCAAACAUUUUAACAUCUCAGUUGCAUUGUUGAAAAUGUUUCCUGCAGAAUCAAAUGGGCUUCGGUUGCACACUGUGUGCUGUGGAUAUGUGAGAGUUGACAUAAUACAGACUCCGUCCACGCUGUCUGAAGUAAAGAUGGUGGAACGGAACGAAGAUUAAAAAAAAAAGUAAAUAAAUUUAAAAAAAAAAACCUCUUGCACAAAUCCGAUAAAUAAACAGCAAAAUAAAAGAAGGAGCCAAGAGCGGAACAAAAGGAGAGACAAAGAGAGACAAAGGGUGACAGAGUGCUGUCUCUUCAGCUCUGUGCUUUUGCAACAAGACAUAAUGUAAUCUCUCCUUGAGACGGAAAGAUUUUUAUAACCUGUGCAGGCUGGGCCUUGAGCAGGAGAAGAGACUAGCUGAGUGAAGGCUGUUUAUCCCACAGUGUCCUUGAUAUAAACAUGUGAAAAAUCUCUCCUUUUAUUCCCCACCCCACCCCCCUCUCUCUCAGCUAAAUCAAUACAAAGACAUUUGGCCUCUGAACAAUGUUACAGUGCUACAGCAAAAGUUUUUCAUCUUGUCUGCAUUCAUAACUGUGUCCUUCAAAGCAACAGAGCAAGAGACACAGAAGUUGUACUUAAUGCUCUUUCAUGAAAGUAGAAAUGUGCUCAAUGGCAAAGAAAACCUUCUAUGGAGAGCCUUACGUGACAGAACGAGGAUGGGUCUGACGUGGCCCGCUCGCCACGGCAAGACAGGACAUCUGCUCCAAACUUUAGCGUUCGCUUGCAGAUACUUUCGCUGUUCGUGCCUGUUCUCAAACUCCUCCACAAACCCUUCGGUUUCACCUCUUCCUCCUCCUCUCAGACCUGUAAUCCCUCUUAGGAGCAAUUAAGAUAAAACUUUAAUUUAUCGGCUUCACCCUAACUUGUCUUCCUGCGUCUCCUUCCUCCUUCCUCCAACCCGGCUCCUCUUCAUCCUCCUUCGGCGACAGAGGCAAGCGGAGCACUGAGUCAUGACAUCAUAAUUCACAAGCUCCAGUUUUCACGGUUAAAUCAAUAUCACCGUGUCCGAGUCAAGGAUGGGGGCCGGCCUUCACAGCUCAGCUCUUCCUACUUCUUUCUCAUAGAAAAUCAUAUAAAUUGUCCCUUAAAUAAUUAUUCCUUCAUAUCCGACCGUGGUCUACGGGUCUAUGUUUUUUUUUUUUUUUUUUUAUUGGUUCCAGUCUGAUAAACAGGAUUGCACAGAGAUGCACCAAAUUGAGAACAGUGGAUGAUUUCCAAUCAGCUUUUUAUUUCUGUGAAGAUUAUGAAAUGCUAUGCUGACUUUUCAAUAUAAAUUCUAAUUAAUUGUUCAAAUAUUUUUUUGUAGAUCAUACCUUUAUGAAGCUAAACAUUUUACAGCAUUGAGUAGCAUAAUUAGCGUGGCUAAGGAGGGCCCCCAUGUAUACAGAAAAGGUAGGUUUUUGUCUCUUAGAGAGACAGAUGUUAAAAGCUCAAAAAGAAAGAACAGAGCAAGUUUGCUGUGCUCUGCUCAACCUUCUUGUCUGCUAAAGUCAGCUCCAGUUCAGUUCGUCCUUCAUCAGUUUGACAAAGCGUCCCUAAGGGGUUUGUCCCUAAGGAGCCAACAAACUGAGGUCCAGUGGCAGGCAGCAUGAGAACCAGCUGUGGUCGAGCUCUUCCCUGUCCCAGAACUUUCUAUUUUAGUCUGGGCAUGAAUUGUGUUAAGAAGAUGUUAAAGGCCUAUUUAUACUCAAUGUUAAAUAUAAACACAGAAUGCACACAUUCUGUGUUUAUAUUGUGGAUAUUUCUUGUUUGCAGGUGCAUAUCCAAACGGAGCAGUACCUCUGGUAAUUGAGGGGGGGGCGCUGUGGCGCAGAAAAGCUCAUGUCCAAGUACAAUCGAAGAAGAAGAUGAAGGCGACGACAGGAACCUGUAGCUGUGUUUAACUGCCUCAGAGGCUAGUCAAUCUACUGCGGUGCCUACUCUGGUCUUCAUGUUUAUUCUUUCUGAGAAUAUUAAGAGAUUUUUUUUCCAUGGUUGCCAUGUUUGCUGUUGUCUGAACUUUCCUCUGCAAAGUUAGAACCGCCUUCCCUACCAACCAUGCCAACUAGUAAACAGAAAGCAUGACAGCAGUGACGCUCAACAAUUUUGGAAACCAGGUGGACAUAUUUAUGUGUGUGACCCUUGACCUCUUCAGAUGAGUCUCGUAAAUGUGUGCAUACAUUUGUAUUACGAUGGUAAACAACAAUGAAAUGUAAAGAGGGUUGUUGUAACUUUAUGCGUACGCUCUAUAAAAUAAAAAUAAUGAAUGAUUUAAUCUGAAAGAGAAAAAGUUAAUAUAUACAUAAAGAUGAGCAAAGUCCCACCAAACCUUUAGGAAAUGGGACAUACAUUUUGUGUCAGUGAGAAAGGAAACAAGUUCCAGUUGCCAAAAUAAUAUUUUUGACUUUAAGCUAAUAGUAAGAAAAUGCUGUGAUUUGUCAGCUAGUGAGAUCACAGAACCUCAUAAGUACAGCUAAAGAAUACAGACUCUCCAUAAGGCAGAUUUGCCAUAAUUGCCCCAGUGUCAUAAUAGAGUAGAAACAAUGGGGUAAAUAUAUGGUCCAGAAAAACCUAUAAGUUUUUCAAGGUUCAGGUUCCUGUUGCUUUAGUCACAACUUCCACACCGAACAGCGUUAUUACAUGGCAGAACUUCAGCGUGAUAAGUUCACUGACUGGAUAAAAGAGUGGAUUUUUUUAAAAGUCAAUUUGAAAAUUAUAAACUCCAUACCUCUGUUGAUUUCUGGUGCUAGUUACUCAAGACUUUUCCCCCAUAUAUCAUCUUUCUCAAUCUUUCUUUCAUCCCCAAUUUAAUUAAAAAAUGAAAGCCAAGCUGUGACUGAAAGGCUGAGACUUUGAGGUCACAUUUUUGUGUUUCGCGAACUUUUCUUUCCUUGACCUUUGAGCAGAGAGGUACAAUUACAUUUGUAAAAAGUAAUUAAUUAAUUAAUUUAUUUCACACAUACACACACUUCCCCCCCCCCAUUUCUGACUAGUCUGUAUCUGUGAAAGCUGUAGAGAGACAGAGAGAGAGAGACAGAGAGAGAGAGACAGAGAAAGAGAGAGAGAGAGAGAGAGAGAGAGGGAAAAGAGGAGGUGGGGAGAGAGGAGGUGCAUAAGCCGGUGGAGGUGGAAAUAUGCAGCAACUCUGAGCAAUCUCUCAAAGUGCGGGGACAGACGGGAGCUAAUACAAACAGGCUGCCCUUCACUCGGGGCUAUCAGGGGGUAAGGAAGCAGUUACCUCUGUCACUGACCCCCGGCGCUUCAAAGAGGCAGCUCCGGCCCAUGUAGAGGUGGCCAGCGGUCAUGGCCACGCUGGAGGGCUGUCGCUGUCGGAGUGCCAGCGCCCGAAACAACAGCAGCAGCAUUCUCUACAGCAUUCUGAAGAGCGAUAGCCUUGUGACCGCCGAGGAGCCACAACAACACCAACAGCAGCAUUCCCAACAUCAAACCCUGCAGCAUCUACUCCUCAAGGGCUCCUCCUCCUCCUCCUCCUCCUCAUCCUCCUCCUCUUCCUCUUCCUCCUCCGGGCCGGGCUCGCUGCAGGAGCUCCGGCAGCAGGCGUGCUCCUGCGGAUCGACGCGCCGCCGGGGCGUGCUGCGCUCCCCGCAGGUGACGUGCAAAGCCGCGUCGGCGGUGCUGGUGAAGACGCUGCGCUUCGUGAAAAACGUCCCCUGCUUCCGCGAGUUGCCGGAGGACGACCAGCUGAUGCUGAUCCGGAGCGGCUGGGCCCCGCUGCUGGUGCUCGGGCUUGCGCAGGACCGGGUGGACUUUGAGACGACGGAGACCGUGGAGCCCAGCAUGCUGCAGCGCAUCCUCACAGGUGUGCCGGACCGGCAGAGCGAGAUCCUGGCCGGUCAGAGGGUGGCCGUCGGGGUGUCCGUGGUGGACAUCGAGGCGAUCAAAGCCUUCCUGAAGAAGUGCUGGAGUGUGGAUAUCAGCACGAAGGAGUACGCGUAUCUCAAGGGAGCUGUGCUCUUUAAUCCAGAUCUGGAAGGUCUGCGCUGCCUCCACUACAUCCAGGCGCUGCGUCGUGAGGCGCACCAGGCUCUCAACGAGCACGUCCGGCUGAUCCACCGCGACGACUCGAUGCGCUUUGCCAAGCUGCUCAUCGCCCUGUCCAUGCUGCGGGCCAUCAGCCCGCUGGUGGUCGCACAGCUCUUCUUCAGACCCGUAAUCGGGGCGGUGAACAUCGAGGAGGUUCUCAUGGAGAUGUUCUAUGGAAAGUAGGUCACAGAGCAAGGAUGAAUCCAGACUAAAAAGAAAAAAAAA